AUGUCAAGCACACCAACAACACCAACACCAUCUAAUCGUGCCGGUCAGACGAACUUCACUCCAGUGCAACUCGAAGCGCGAGCAAUCCUCACGCACCUCCUCACGCGCCUCUCUCAGCUCCCUGUCUCUUCCUCCGACGAUGGCAAACCUCAUCCUUACCACAAGUACACCCCCUGGAUCUCGCACCACAGCAUACCCACCCUCACUCAGUCAAUCUACUCCCUAAUUCGUCCACAACUCUGGCAUCUCCUUUCCUCCCGCCUCUCUCUAGACGCCCUAAAGCAUAUUGGCGGAGACCUGCGACACGAAGGCCGAGCCAUAUAUCUAAACGGCAUCCUAGGCGUCGAUAAAAGGUUGAGGAUCUACGUGGGUCAGAGUAGUAAUCUGCGCGUGAGGGUGGCACAGCAUCUCAACUUUAGGUAUCGGAGAGAUCAUCCGAGUCUACAUUACUAUGCGCUGGAGUGGAGUAUCUACAACGUUUUCGGUGUACUAGCUGUGCUUCCUUCGGGCGGAUAUGGCAAUGCAGUACCGGGUAUGGAUCACCCGGACCUGGUGAUGAACGUAUUGGAGAUGUGGAUGUGUCUUGUCUUCCGGACGUUACCCUUAGACACCCUGAAAGAGUGGCUACCAGAUGACGUACUCGUCGAUAAGAAGAAGUUGACGGCGAAAGAGGGUGUUGUAGGUGGCCUCAACGUAGCAAGUCCGCUGGAUCAGGGUGUGGAAAUGAAAGAGAGGGGGUUUGUUGAUUUGAGUGAAGAGGACGAUUCCGUGAUACGGGAUUACCUGAAGGAGAUGCAGAGGAAGACGGGUGAUGGACUGAUUGGAGAGAAUGUGAAGGAAAGAAAGACGAAAGAUGUUGAAGUGGACGAAGAGGAACGUGCGCUGAGGAAGAAGAUGUACGCCGAGAAAGCACGGAGGUACCAGCGGAGAGAUACGGAUAUCGUUGUUCCGCAGUGGGUUUUCCUUGGUGCCAUGGCGGUGGGUGUGGGAAUUAUGCUACUGAGGAGUAGUGGGGGACCGCAGGCUAGAGGAAGCUGGAGAUGA